AGCGGGGAGCCCGGAUGUUGCUGUGGUAACGGACGGCGGCGGCGGCAGAGAUUUUCGUUUCUUUUCUGUGUCUCCGUGUUUACGGGAGGCGGUGUCAUCGCUGAGGGCUUGUAACAUGGAGCAAUGUUUCACAGAUGGACUCAAAACUAUUGGAGGGCCAUCUGAAUCUGAAUUGCAUCAAGUGGAGCCAUCAACUGGCCAGCAACUACAGAACUCUGAAGGUGGUAGUAUGUGGCAAGUGACAGAUAUGACCCGCUUGCGUCGGUUUCUCUGUUUUGGUUCUGAGGGUGGGACAUACACCACCAAUGUGGAAAAACUUGGAGAAGAAAAUGCUCAGGCCAUAUUGAGAUUGAUAGAAGAAGGUAAAGGGAUUGAAGUUGUCCAGGAGAUAAAGAUAUUUGGUACAGAGGGAAGAGUGACAACUCAAGAUCCUAUUUUGUUCGCUUUGGCUCUUUGCACACAGUACUCAGAUAUUUCAACAAAACAAGCUGCCUACAAAGCUCUGGCUGAAAUCUGUCACAUUCCCACCCAUCUAUUCACAUAUAUUCGAUUUAGAAAGGAUCUCAUUAGAGGAAUGAAAUGCGGUAUUUGGGGAAGAGCCCUGCGGAAAGCAGUGGCAAACUGGUACAACAGUAAAGAUGGAAUGUCUAUCGCUAUGGCUGUUACAAAAUAUAAGCGGAGAGCAGGAUGGUCACACAAAGAUUUACUUCGGUUGUCACAUCUGAAACCAGCUAAUGAAGAUCUCACUCUGGUCACAAAGUAUGUUAUGAAGGGUUGGAAAGAAGUUGAAGAAGCGUACAAGGAUAAGGAAAACUCAGAUGGAAUUCAGCGAUUGUUGAAGUACUUUGAAGCUUUAGAAAGGGUAAAGAUGACCCAAGAUGAACAGGAGGUUGCUCAUCUUAUUGAAGAGUACAGAUUGGUCAGAGAGCACCUACAGUCUAAUCACCUGAAGUCACGGGAGGUGUGGAAGGCAUUACUGAAGGAUAUGCCUAUUAUUGUAAUUCUUAAAAAUUUGGGGAAGAUGACGACAGAUUCCAUUCUUAAGCCUGGAAGUGAAGAAGUUACUAUGUUGUGUGAAAGGUUGAACGAUGAGACUGUGUUAAAGAAGGCUCGAAUUCAUCCAUUUCACAUUUUGGUGGCUCUUGAAACAUACAAAACAGGAAAAGCAAACCGGGGAAAAUUAAAGUGGAUCCCCAAUUCAGAUAUUUUGCUGGCACUAAAUCAGGCAUUUUAUAAAUCUUUUAAGAAUAUCGAGCCAACAGGGAAGCACUUUGUAUUGGCUUUGGAUGUAAGCUCUUCAAUGUGUAGCCAGGUUCUAGGAUGCAGAGCUCUUUGUGCCUACAGUGUUGCAGCAGUUAUGUCAAUGGUUGUUACACAAACAGAAUCCAACUCUACAAUUGUUGCUUUUUCCAAUGAAAUUGUUCCAAUACACAUCACUUCAGAAAUGGCACUGGAUAAAGUAUUAGCUGUGAUGCGUGCGGUUCCAUUUGGUUCCACUGACUGUGCACUUCCGAUGUUAUGGGCUAUUAAGACACAAACAGUUGCAGAUGUGUUCAUUAUCUUUACUGAUAAUGAAACCUCUUACGGAAACAUUCAUCCUGUAGAAGCUUUGAGAGAAUACAGAAAGAAAAUGGGCAUUCCUGCCAAAUUGGUGGUUUGUGGACUGGGUUCUAACGGUUUCGCCAUUGCUGACCCAGAUGACAGAGGCAUGAUGGAUGUCUGUGGUUUUGACACUGGGGCUCUGGAUGUCAUUCGUAACUUUGCAUUAGAUUUGAUUUAAAUUUUGGAAAGAAACCCCACUAAAUCAUUUAGUUCAGAGUGUUGUUGCAUCAGGUUUCUAGGGUGGCUGAACAGCAGACUCACAUUUUGGGUUGCUAGUUUCUUAGUUGUAUGCCUGUUGGAUUCAACAGGAAAUUGUAAACAGAAUAUGUAAUUGAACUUUAAGCCUGUUCUGCCACAGCAAAUUAUUUUAACUAUGGAGUUCUUUUGACUUCCUGCUGUCAAGGUAUUUGUAAUGUUAACUAGAGACAUCCUAGUGAAGUUAGGGUAUAAUCAAAGUUGUGCUCUACAUUUUGUUCAGUGAGUUUACAGGAAGAAUGCUGUUUAGUUGUAUUUCUUUGUUGUGAACAGGCUGGCGAGAGUUAAUGUUUCUGUAGUGUUGGAUUAAGCAUUUGAGGGGUAUCAGGUUUGAGGAAUAUUCUGAGAAAUCCUUUGAGCAUAUUGCGCUCUUUCUAAUUUUGAUAACAUUUAUCUGAAAAUAAUAAUGUGGACAUGAAAGUAAAAGUGGGAACAAAGUAAACCUGAGUUUAUUAUGGGUGGAUUGUACUGAAUAAAGUUGAAUUCAAAAGAUGGAUUUGUGAUGUACCAGUACUUUUUGGAAGUUUCUAAUUUUUCAGCUGCCAGAAGAACGAAUGUUGUUUUUAAGUACAGCACGUGUAGCAUAUUCCACAAAAGUAGAUUCCAAUUAUCAUUCACCAACAAUUAUUGUAGGUAUUACAUUUUUAUAGAUCCUAUCACAGAGCGAUGUAGAAAAGGUCAUGCUGGAGAUGUGUUGAAGAUCAAUGUAACUCAUUGGUAUUGGGCUAAUGAUUAAAUCUGUUUUGCUGCAGUUAUAGCUGUGUUGUAAGUAACAAUUGUUAACAUAAAUUGCAGAUGGUUAACCUAAUCAGUUUGAGUGCAGUGUCAAUACCACAUGCAUUACAAUGCUGUAUAUUAGACAAACCAUUGGUGACGAAGAUCUCUUUGCUAAUUUGAUCUUACCUUUCUGAUUCUGAAGAUCUUUUAUAGUUCAUUCUCUUACCAAGCUUUGCAUUUUAAAAAAAAACUGCAGUCUUUCUGAAAAUGUCAUUUCAGUAGAAUCUACAAGCCGUCCCUAUGAAGAAUCUUCAAGAAAGAUUCUUGGUUGAAAGUAAUUCAUUUUCUGUCAGGAAAAUUUAUCUUACUGGUUUAAAAUGGUGUAGAUAAGUAUGUGUUUUUUUUUGUCUGCAAUUGGGAAUUCCAGACAAAGCAUUUUAUUAAGGAUUGCAGUGUUGGGUAUGUAGAUCAGAAGUAAGGAGUGUGUAGAAUAGGUUGCAGAAAAAUAAGUGAUGGAAUGGUAUUGAUGUGAUUGUGCUGACAGUUAAAAUAGACUUUAUGGGCUAAAUGGUCUUCACUAUAUUGUGAGGACUAUAUUUGAAACUCUUUGGAAAUUCUAACACUUCAUGUAAUGAAAAUUGCCUGGAAAGAUUUUAAAAUAUUUUAACUAGUUUAAGCUUUAGAAAAGUUUAUUUCACCAAAACAGGGUGAAAGUCUUGAUAAAAACAUUAGUUUUUUUUAAGAUUCUUUUUCAAGUAUAGCUGUGUUCUUUUAGCAUAUCUUCCCUUAUUAAGUUCUUUCCUUUUGUUUAGAAUCCCUGAUUUCCCCCACCAUUAUCUUACUCAAGUGAUCAUAACAAUAUUGGAGCAAUAUUUCUAGGCAAAUUGUUAAAACAGAAGUAGGACAUGCAAGGAAGCCCUGAUCUGAAUUUAACUGUGCUGGUUUUGUUCUUUGAGAAGAUGCGAGAGUCUACAAUAGUUUUUAUGAGUUGGAAGAUACUAACUAUAACCUAUUCAAGAAAGUGGGGAAUAUGAAAAAAUAGGGGAACUGGGCUGGAUAGUUUAGCAUCCAUUUAGGAAAGAUGUUGGCAUCUCUUAUCAGGGAUAUGACAGUGCAAAUGGAAAAUAAAUGUUCUUAAUGAAAAUGAAAGUUAAAAAUAUAAUUUACUGUGUAUUUUUGAGAUGCAAGGAAACAUGAUAUACAGAAUACUGUAUAGAUUUUCAAAAGACACACAAGAUUAUUGUAUUAUUAUGAUUUGUAGGUUAAUGGAUGGGAAAUGGAGUAGAAUGAAUGGAUCAUUUUUACAAAUGCAGUGUGUAACUAUUUUGGUUCCACUAAGCUCUAUUUAAUACAGCAAUGGUAUAUAGUGUAGAAAAAUGAUUAGGUGAAAUGUGGAGUAUAAUCUCUUAAGUUAGCAUAAAAGUAAGGAGGUUUGGUAAAGAGCUUUUUCAGUUUUUUUUUCUCAUUUGAAAGCUUGUUUUUGUAGUUGCAGCAGUCAGAAAUGGAAGGGAAGGAGUCUUUUUUAAGUUGUUUGUGACUGGCUGAGUGUGUGGCAACUCAGCCAAUAAAAGGAAGUUCAGGUAAAGUAGAGCAGUCAUUUUGGGGUGGCCAUUGGGAGAGUGGGACAGUGUAAGAGUGGGAAACUGAGUUCUUUGCUCAAGGCUUUUGGCGAAGGGGCACAGGUGAGUAGCAGAGUAACAGGCAAGGCUUUUAUUUUCCUGUUGAUCUGAGUCCUUUGACUUACUGAAGACAAAAUGGUAGUUAGGGCAGUGGAGCAUUCCUUCUGCAAGAUGUGUGAAGUCAUAGAACUUCAUGGUCUCCCUGAUGACUAUCUUUGGGAAGAACAUCAGGGUGAGACUUCAGGCCAAGGAACUGGAGGUGCAGGUGAAUGUACAGGUUCUGUUGUCCCAUUCCCCUCAGUCAUAGGUACUGUUGGUAGAGAGGGAUGGUGGGGUAUGACCUUUCAGAAGCUAGCACCAGCAGCUAGGUUAUUGACACCAUGCCUGGUUCUGAGGCAACGUAGGUAAGGAUGAAAUUAGAUAGGGGAACUCAAUAGUAACAGGCUUUUCUGUGACCCCAAUUGAGACCUGAGGAUGAUGUGUUGCCUUGGUGCGGAGUCAAGGAUGUCUUGCAGAUAUCCUUACAGGGGAGGUUGAGCAGCCAGGGGUCCUGGUACAUUAGGCAUUAAUGAUAGACACAACAUAUUCUGCAGAUUAUAAGCACAAGGUUCUACAGGUGCUGGAAAUCCAGAAAACACAUUCUAACUUCUGGAGGAACUCAACAGGUCAGGCAGCAUCUAUCGAAAUGAAUGGACAGUUGAUGUUUCUGAACUAUACCCUUCAUCAGGACUGGAAAGGAAGGGGUUAGAUGCCAAUAUAAAAAGGUGGGGACAGAGGAAGGAGGACAAGCUAGAAAGUGAUAGUACCCAGGUAUCUGGGGGAGGGGGGAUUAUUGAGAAGCUGGGGAGGCGUUGGGUGGAAAAGGCAAGGGAUUGUAAAAGAAGGAAUCUGAUAAAAGAAUGGACCAUGAGAGAAAUGGGAGGAGUGGCACCAGGGGAAAUGAUAGGCAGGUGAAUAGUAGUAAGAGGAUAGAGACUGGAAGGGAAGGAGAAAAUGGUGUUCAUGCUGAAGAUUACCUAGAUGGAAUAUGAAAUGUUGCUUCUCCCUCUGAGAGUGGCCUCAUUGUUGCAGAGGUAGGCAGGAAGAGGGAUAAGAUGCUGCAGCGGGAAUUUAAGGCACUAGGAGCAUUCAUCCACGUUGACAAUUUGGGUUGAGUUCAGAAGUAAGAAAGGUGCAGUUACACUGAUGGGAUUAUACUAUAGCCACCCCUCCCAUAGCCACUGCGAGGCAGAGGAAUAGAUAGAUAUGUAGAUAGAUGAUGGAAAGGUGAAGGAGUAAUAAGAUUGUCAUAGUGAGAGCUUUAACCAUACAAUUGAUUGGCAUUUCUUCAGUGCAUCCAAAAGGGGUCUUGUAAUAGUAUUUGGAGAGUUGAACUAGAAGAGAAAACAUACUGGACGUGGUUUAGGGAAAUCAGGCAGACCAGUGCAGACCUUGUAAUAGGUGAACAUUUUGGGAAUAGUGACAACUCAUUACGUUUUAAAAUAGUUAUGAAUAAGGACAAAAUUGGAUCUUGUGGGGAGGGCGAACUCUGACCAGAUAGGACUGGAGCUGAGAAGUGUUGAUUGGGGCCUGCUGUUGUUGGACAAUCCAUGUCUGACGUAGAAGUUAUUAAAAGACCAGUGGAUUAGAGUUCAGAAUUGGUAUCACCUGGUAAGGAGUAAGGACAAGGAUGGUAAGGUAAGGGAACCAUGGAUGAACCAACAGGUCCUAAAUUAGUUGGAGGGAAAAGGGAAGCAUGCGUAAAAUUAGAAAGCUAAAAUCACACUGAGCCCUUGUAGAAUACAAAGUUAGCAGGUAAGUACUGCUGAAGUAGGUGAUUUGGAAGUCCAAAAGAGGCCAUGAGCUAUUCUUCGUGAGCUGGAUCAAGGAGAAGCCCAAGGGAUUUUGUACCUAUAUUAAGAAAAAGAUAAAGAAUAAGAAAGUUUAUGCUUGGAAUUAGACAAAGUGGCUGAAGUGUUAAAUGUAUUGGUAUUUAUCAAGGAGAAUUUCGAGGAUAGUACAAGCAGACUGGGACAUGCUGAUGUGCUACAACAUUUUUGAGAUCGAGGAGGAGGUAGUGCUGGGUAUUUUGAAAAGCAUUAAGGAUGCCUGAUGGCCUAUUUGAAUAUUGAAGUAAGCAAAGGAAGAGAUUGCUGGUGCUUUGACAAGGAUCUUUGUGGCCUGCCAGCAACAGGCAAAGUCCUGGAGGAUGAGGGUAGCAAAUGCUGUGGUCUUUGUUCAAGAAAGGAAGUAGGCAUAAUCCAGAUAUUUAUAGGUUAGUGAACUCAUGUAAAUGGUAGAGAAACUAUUGGAAAGGAUACUGUGGGUUAGGAUUUGUGCACAUUUGUAAAUGCAUGGCGUGCUUAAGGACAGCUGUAGUUGGAUUAUUGAAUGCGGUUCUGGUCACCCUAUUAUUAGGAAGAAUGAAGAGAUGGUAUAGAAGAGGUUUUCUGGAUGUUUCCUGGAUUAGACAGCAAAAGCUGUAAGGAAAGGUUGGACAAACUAGUGUUUUUCUCUCUAGAACAUCAGAAGCUGAGGGAAGACGAUAGAGGUUUUUAAAAUUGAGAGGGAGGGUAGAAAUGUCAAAUACUAGAGAAGCAAAUAUAAGGAAAUCUGCAGAUGCUGGAAAUUCAAGCAACACACACAAAAUGCUGGUGGAACGCAGCAGGCCAGGCAGCAUCUAUAGGGAGAAGUGCUGUCGAAGUCUCGGCCCAAAACGUCAACAGCAUUUCUCCCUAUAGAUGCUGCCUGGCCUGCUGUGUUCCACCAGCAUUUUGUGUGAAAUACUGGAGAACAUGCUUUUAAGGUUGGUGGGGGAAGUUUAAAGGUGAUGUGAGGGGCAAGCUUUUCACUCGGAGUGGAUGGUGCCUGGAAUAGGAAUAGGAAUACUGGUGAAAUCGGGUAAUUUGGUGAAGCUUUAGAAGGUGUUGGUUAGACACAUGAAUAUCAAAGGAAAAGAAGGAUAUGAACGAUACAUAGGGGGAGGACAUUUAGCAUGAAUUUUCAUCUAGAUUGGCACAACAAUGUGUACUGAAUGGCCUGUUAGUGUUGUACUUUUCUAUGUACAAUUGUAAAGGAGACCAAGAAUAGUGAACAUUAAACAUUAAUGGUCUCUUUAACAAAGGAAAUGAGCUGCUGCAACAUUUCACUAGAUUGAUUCCUGGAAUAAGUACUUUAGGUAGUUUGGGAUUCUUGGAGAGAUUCUUGGGAUAUCUAAAAUUGCUGAGAUAGUUUCCCUAAUUUAAUGGUCGCCAACCCAUCGAUCGCAAUCGACUAGUCAAUCUUUGAGACUUUCCCAGUAGAUCCCGGAGAGAAAAAAAAGAAAAGAAAAAUAAAUACACAAAUACUGUUGAGAGAUUGUUUCUGGGUUGCGGGGUUUUAGUUCCGUUCUUUCUGUCCUGGUGUGCAUGUGUGUAACUAAUUGAUUUGGAGUCGAUCUUGCCUUUCA